CUUUUUUUUUUUCGUGAAUGUCGGCAAAUCAAGAUUCGUAAACGUGAAUAUAGUUAUUUGUUAUUUUAUUUCUCGUGUACUUUGUUGAAAUUGAUUUCGUAUAGUCGUAAAGCUAAAAAAAUAUAAUAAUGUCGGGCUGAGUUCGAGUCGCUUGAUAAUCUCAAAGAUUAAAAGUUGAGGCGUAAGGUUAAGCGGCUUUUGGUUUGAAACUGUAUUUAUUUGUUAUCUCAAAACAGUUUUGCUGGUACAACAUGGCGAAUCAGUGGGGUCAAAAAGCCGAGGAGUUGGAGAUUUCCAACAAAGUUGCAGGUUUAGGAUUGAAGCAAGACCCACAUAAUCAAACAACAGAAUCUGAUGAAUCGGGGGAUGCAGCAAAUCCAGCUGAAACUUCGUUGCUUAUGAAAAUUAUCCGGCAGGGUCUAGUUGAAUCAAAGUUAGACAUUGAGGUGCAAAGAAAAGAUCCUAAUUCACCUUUAUACUCCGUUAAGACUUUUGAGGCUCUGCAUUUGAAACCAAAUUUGCUUAAAGGUGUUUAUUCUAUGGGUUUCAAUGCACCUUCUAAAAUUCAAGAAACUGCUCUGCCUACUCUCUUAGCUGAUCCUCCUCAGAACAUGAUUGCACAGUCUCAGUCAGGAACAGGAAAGACUGCAGCAUUUGUGUUGGCAAUGUUGAGUAGAGUGGACACAAAUCAUAACUAUCCUCAAGUCUUGUGUCUCAGCCCAACAUAUGAGUUGGCUAUCCAGACAGGUGAAGUAGCAGCCAAAAUGGCCAAGUUCUGUCCUGAGAUUAAAUUGAAAUAUGCUGUCAGAGGAGAAGAAGUGCCAAGGGGCACCAAGAUCACAGACCACAUAAUUAUUGGGACUCCUGGUAAAAUGUUGGAUUGGGGUGUUAAGUUUGGCAUGUUUGAUCUGAGCAAGAUUAAAGUGUUUGUAUUGGAUGAAGCUGAUGUGAUGAUUGACCGGCAGGGGCACCAAGACCAAUGCAUUAGAAUCCACAAGUGUUUACCUUCCACUUGUCAAAUGAUGUUCUUUUCUGCUACAUAUGAUGCUGCCGUCAUGGAAUUUGCAGAGAUCAUAGUGCCCAAUCCAAUCAUUAUCAGAUUAUUGAGAGAGGAAGAAUCCUUAGACAACAUAAAGCAGUAUUAUGUGAAAUGCAAAACCCCAGAGGAGAAAUAUAGGGCUAUUUGCAACAUUUAUGGUGUUAUUACUAUUGGGCAAGCAAUUAUAUUUUGUCAUACAAGGAAGACUGCUGGUUGGUUGUCUGAGAAAAUGUCUAAAGAUGGGCACUCUGUGGCAGUCUUGUCUGGGGAGCUGACUGUGGAGCAAAGAAUAGCAGUCCUUGACCGCUUCCGAGCUGGUCUGGAGAAAGUUCUUAUCACAACUAAUGUGCUGUCCAGAGGCAUUGAUGUGGAGCAGGUGACCUUGGUAGUUAACUUUGAUAUGCCCAUGGAUGUGGAGAAGAGAGCAGACUGUGAAACAUAUCUGCACAGAAUUGGGCGCACAGGAAGAUUUGGAAAGGCCGGAAUAGCAAUCAAUCUUAUUGAUUCUGCUCUGGCUAUGCAAAUUUGCUUAGCUAUUGAAAAACAUUUUGGCAAAAAGAUUCAGUUACUUGACAUUGAAGAUGCUGAAGAAAUUGAGAAGAUUGGAGCCUAAGGUCUCUUGUUAUGUUAUGAUAAGAAUAAUUAUUUUUAUAUUCAUUCUUUCCUCAUUAAACACUACACAUAUUACCAGUG